GAGAAACUGUGGCCGCUAAAAUCUCGUCCAGAUAGUGCCUAUAGUAACCUGCCAAAUAAAGUAUUGUAGAGAAUCUCAUCCGGCUGUCAAGGCCAUCUGGCCAUGCAUACCAAAUCUUUUCUCAACAGCAAACCAAUAUACGGAGUAUAGUAAGUACUAGGGUCUUAUAAGAGUCGAUACUCGCUCUUGCUGCCGCCAUGGCGAACAAGGGAGGAGAGCCGGCAGCAAGAGCAGCUGUGCGCCAUGGUGGAGGCCCCGUCGCGUUCAAGGACGCUGUCGACGUCGACGCCACGCCGGUGCGCCCUCCGACGGAGCUCGCCGCCGCCGUCUCCGCCCUGCCGGCGGGCGUCUCCUACGGCCAGCCGAUGCGCUGCUACGGGGGGACCUGGGUGUUCGAGAGCUGGGCGCAGGGCGUGGUCGCCAUGCACCGCGGCGGCCUCGUGCCCCGCGCCGGCGACGUCCUCCUCGCCAGCCUCCCCAAGUCGGGGACGACGUGGCUCAAGGCACUCGCGUUCGCCACCAUGGCGCGCCGCGCGUGCCCGCCGCCGGCGAGCCCCGACCACCCGCUCCGCCGCCUCAACCCGCACGACUGCGUGCCCCUCCUCGACAGGCUCUUCGCCGCCGGCCGCGACGCGCUUCUCGACGAGCUGCCGUCGCCGAGGCUCAUGUGCACGCACAUGCCGCUCUCGCUGCUGCCGCCGGCGGUGGCUGACGGCAACUCCAACACCAAGAUCAUCUACAUUUGCAGGGACCAGAAAGAUAGAUUGGUCUCCAUCUGGCACUUUCGGAAACGCAAUGUGCCAGAUCUGUUGCUCCAAGAAGUGUAUGAGUCUAUAUGUGAUGGCACUGGGUUUGCUGGUCCUGUCUGGGAUCACUUGCUUGGUUACUGGAGGGCAAGCAAAAUAGAUCUAGGCCGAGUGCUCUUCUUGAAAUAUGAGGAGGUGCUUCGAGACCCAGUGAACACCGUUAGAGAGCUCGCACAAUUUGUCGGGCAGCCAUUCUCUGACACAGAGGAAGAAGCUGGCAUUGUUGCGGAGAUCGUCAAGCUAUGUAGCCUAGAGAGUCUAAGGAGCCAGAAAGCCAACAAAGAAGGCAUACAAGGUGUGUACAUCAAGUUCUCGCACGACUCGUAUUUUAGGAAGGGGGUGGAAGGGGACUGGAGGAACCACAUGACUCCUAAGAUGGGCGAACAUCUGGAUUCGAUUAUGCGAGAAAAGUUUGAUGGAUCGGGGCUCACCAUAUGAUGCGCCAUUAUGGCCGGGGUUUCAUCUUUUAAUUUGUAGUCACAGUUUUCAAGCUAUGUGUUUCAUAAUAAAACAAAGCCUCCUAGCCUGUUUGGAGGCUUAACUUUAACUGUUUAUGCUUAUAAACAGGUACAUCUAUGACCUAUGUAAUUUUCGGUGCACCAAAUAAAAUCCUUCCGAUGCUACCCAUCGUUUUUGUCAA